AUGUCAGGUAGGCCAAACAUCAAGAGAAGAAUGGAUGCUUCAGAAAGGUCUAGAAAACACAGAGUUUCAAAGGCAGACAAAAAGAUUACUUGUGGCGUAUGCAAGCAUACAGGUCACAACAAAAGCACAUGUAAUCAAGUGGAAAGGAUACCCAAAGUUAGUGUCAUAGAGAAACAAAAGGUAAGCCAAGCACAAGAGUUAGUGAAUUUGCAAAAUGGUGGGGACGACGCAGUUAUGGUCGAUGUAGGUGAACAACAAAAUGUGCAUGCUAAUGCACCUGAACAACAAAAUGUGCAUGCUAAUGCACCUGAACAAGUGGUCGGGGUGAAUGAAGCUGUUGGGAAUGUGGCUAGUGCAGUAAAACCAAAGAAGAGAAAAAAAAUUAGAGAGAAUUCUAAAAAUGAGCUUGCUAAGGUAAUUGAAGGUGAAGGUAGCACUGCUACAACAACAAUUGAAUUGGAGUAA